UGCCCGAGCCUCUUUCCGGGGGUGAAACGGAGGAGUCAUGGGGGCAGGAACGCAGGUCAAACUCCUGCUGUGGAAGAACUGGACCGUCCGCAGGAGGCAGAGGGUGCGCUUCCUCAUGGAAAUCAUGUGGCCAAUUAUUUUGUUCAUGGGGCUGGUGUGGCUUCGAAGAGUGAAUCCACUCUACCGUCAGCAUGAAUGCCACUUCCCCAACAAGGCCAUGCCGUCUGCGGGGAUCUUACCGUGGAUCCAGGGAAUCUUCUGUAAUGCCAACAACCCGUGUUUCCAGUACCCCACUCGUGGUGAAUCACCUGGCUUGGUGUCCAACUACAACAACUCAAUAUUGGCCCGCUUCUACUCGGAUGCCCAGGAGCUUCUUUUCAGUGAUCCAAAGCUUCUACCCGUGGGACGUCUUUGGUCUGAAGUGAGAGCCAUGACCAACUUCAUGCACACGUUACGUAGCCGUCCCGAUAAAGUCUCAGGACGAGGAGUGCAGGUGGAGGCAAUCCUUAAGGAUGACGAGACGCUGACAUCAUUCCUUCUGAGAGACGUUCCGCUCACCGAAUCUGUGGUCAAUCAACUUGUCACUGCCCAAGUCAGGCCCGAACAGUUUGCCUUUGGGGUUCCAAACAUGCAUUUAAAGGACGUCGCCUGCAGCUUGAACCUCUUGGAGCGAUUCCUCAUUUUCCCCACCCGCAGGGGGCUUCUCGCUGUCCGCAACGCCAUGUGUGUCCUCAGCGCGCAGCGGCUGCAGAUCAUCGAGGACAAGUUCUAUGCCAACGUUGACUUUUUCAAGCUCUUCCGAGUGCUUCCUCGCGUUUUGGACAGUAACUCGGAAGGCAUCGACAUUCACUUUUGGGUCCAGGUGCUGUCCGCCGCCUCGGACAAACUGCGAGAGUUAUUUCGGAGAAGCAGCACACGGGAGCUCAUCCAGGUCCUGGCUCCUCUCUUCCAGAGCGAUCCGUCCUUCAGGCGGGUGAUGGCCGCCGCUUCCAGCCUCGUGUGCGGCUACACUGAGGGGGCUUUCUCAAGAGUGGCUUCCUUUAACUGGUACGAGGACAACAACUACAAAGCUUUUCUUGGCAUCAGCAGUGGCAGAAGGCAGAGUCAGCACACUUACGACAACGGCACCACUCCUUUCUGCAACGCUAUAAUGAGAGAGUUGGAAUCCGACCCUGCCACCAGGAUCGUAUGGAACUCCCUUAAGCCCAUGUUGAUGGGAAAGAUCCUCUACGCCCCGGACUCACCUGCUGUCAGAAUGAUCAUAAGAAAUGCCAACAGUACAUUUGAAGAACUGCAAAGGCUGAAGACGAUGGGGAAGGCCUGGGAGGAGGUGGCGCCGCAGCUCUGGGCUUUCUUCCAAGAUGGAGUGCAAGUCAAAAUGAUACGGGACACGUUCCGAAAUCCUUCCGUUAUGGAUUUCAUUGACCGCAGUCUUGAGGAGGCUCCGUUCUCCACCAAGCACAUCCUCAACUUCCUGCACAACGGUCCGCCACAGGAGAGGCUUGACAGCAUGCCUGAUUUUGACUGGCGGGAUGUUUUCAACCUCACUGACCGUGUCAUUCGCAUGCUCAACCAAUAUGGAGAUUGUGUGAUCCUGGAUAAAUUUGUGGCCCUGCCCAACGAGGACACCUUAACUUAUCGGGCCUUGGACUUAUUGAAGAAUGGCAAGUUUUGGGCGGGUCUCAUCUUUGUGAACAUGCAGUCUUGGACCGCCAAAGUCCCACCUCAUGUGAAGUUCAAGAUCCGGAUGGAUAUCGAUGCUGUGGAGCGCACCAAUAAAGUCAAAGACAGGUAUUGGGAUCCGGGCCCCAGAGCAGAUCCUAUGGAUGACCUGCGUUAUGUUUGGGGAGGGUUCGCUUACCUUCAGGACAUAAUAGAACAGGGGAUCAUUCGCACUCAGACGGGGAAAGAGUGGCCAUUGGGCGUUUACCUGCAACAGAUGCCCUACCCUUGUUAUGUGGAUGAUCUGUUUAUGCUGACCCUGAACCGCUGCUUUCCAAUUUUCAUGGUUCUGGCCUGGGUCUACUCUGUGUCCAUGAUUGUUAAAAGUAUUGUUCUGGAAAAGGAGCUUCGUCUCAAGGAGACCCUCAAGGUGAUGGGGGUCUCCAACAGCGUCAUCUGGUCCACUUGGUUUAUUGACAGCUUCCUCGUGAUGGGUACCAGCACUGCUCUCCUUACAGUCAUCAUCAUGGGAGGAAGGGUACUCAACUACAGCAACCCCCUCAUCCUCUUUCUCUUUCUGCUCACCUUCACCACGGCCACCAUCAUGCAAUGCUUUCUCCUCAGCGUCUUCUUCAACCAGGCCAACCUGGCGGCAGCCUGCUGCGGAAUCAUUUAUUUUGCCCUCUACCUGCCUCACCUCUUCUGCUUCGCUUGGCAAGAUCGCAUCACCAAAGACAUGAAGAUCCUGGUGAGUCUGAUGUCCCAAGUUGCCUUUGGUUUUGGGACAGAGUAUCUAUCCCGGUAUGAGGAGCAAGGUCAGGGUCUGCAGUGGGACAACAUUCAGACUAGUCCUCUGGAGGGGGAUGAGUUCUCAUUCCUCACCUCCAUCUGCAUGAUGGGCCUGGACACCUUGCUUUAUGCUGUACUUGCCUGGUACCUGGACAACAUUUUCCCCGGCCAAUAUGGAAUUGGCCGCCCAUUUUACUUCCCCUUCAUGCCAUGUUAUUGGCUCAACACAGUCACUCCAGUUUCAGACAAUAAACCUGAGCUGCCGAAACAAGGUUUUGAUAACCAAGCAUUCAAGGAUAAAGAGGAGCAGCGAAACCAGGAGAAACCGAAGACUGUCGAAGAAACUAACGCAUGUGAACACAGAGACCAGCGAGAUCAGAACCAGGAGGCAAAUGGGGAGGCAUUCUUUGAGGCAGAACCAGCUGACCUGGUGAGAGGCGUUUGUAUCCAGAACCUGGUCAAAGUGUUUGGCAGUCGCUCCAAGCCUGCCGUGAACGGCCUCAGCUUGAGCUUCUACGAGAACCAGAUCACUGCCUUUCUUGGGCACAAUGGGGCUGGCAAGACUACCACUAUGUCCAUCUUAACUGGUAUGUUCCCUCCCACCUCAGGCACUGCUUCCAUUUACGGCAAAGACAUCCGCACGGACAUGGACACCAUUCGUCUGUCUCUGGGAAUGUGCCCACAGCACAACACUCUUUUUCAGUAUAUGACUGUUGCCGAGCAUAUCCUGUUCCACUCACUGCUGAAAGGCCGCCCAAUAGCCGAGGCUGAGGAGGAGGUAGAGAAUAUGCUCCAGGAUCUCGGCCUUCCACACAAGAGAGAUGAACUGACCCAAAAUUUGUCAGGCGGCAUGCAGAGGAAACUGUCUGUGGCAUUGGCAUUUGUUGGUGGCGCAAAGGUGGUGAUCCUGGAUGAACCCACUUCCGGGGUGGAUCCUUACUCCAGACGCUCAAUAUGGGAUCUGUUGCUCAAAUACCGUGCAGGUUGUACAGUGAUCAUGUCCACCCACCACAUGGAUGAGGCCGACCUGCUGAGUGACAGGGUCGCUAUCAUCUCCCAGGGGCGUCUCUACUGCUGCGGCUCCCCAAUCUUUCUCAAGAAUUGCUUUGGUGCCGGCUUCUACCUCACUCUUGUGCGAAGAAUGAAAUACGGCGCUUCGAAGACGGGCGAAUCGGAAACUGAUGGUGAUGUCUGUACCAAAAACUGUUCCUGUAAGUGCUCCAAGUGCCUGAAGUUUAAAGUAAAUCAAGAAGACGGUCUGGCUCCACACAGACAAAUGGACGGUAACAUCGACCGCAUCACGGCCCUGGUGCAUCAUCAUGUGCCUCAGGCUCAUCUGAUUGAGGCCAUUGGCCAAGAGAUGACCUAUCUGCUUCCCGCUCAUGACUUCCAACCGAGGGCCUACGCCAGCCUCUUCAGGGAGCUGGAGGAAACCCUGGAGGACAUCGGCCUCAGCAGCUUUGGCGUGUCCGACGCGUCGUUGGAAGAGAUUUUCUUAAAAGUCACUGCUGAUGGAUAUGCAAGCAACACGAAAUGCAUUCAAGACACUAAAUCAGUGCAGCAGAUUUCUCGAGCUAGCCUCUGUGGAUUCAACAGAGUGGCGAUUGCUAUGGAGCCACCUGAAGACUCAGAAGACCCUUUGGACACCGGCCCAUGUGAUGGUCCUGAAGGCAACGCGGGUCGCGGGUCGUAUCAGGUCAAAGGUCUGUGUCUGGCCAUUAAGCAGUUCUGUGCGCUGCUGAUUAAGAGGUUGCACCACACCACCCGCUCCUGCAAAGACUUUUUUGCUCAGAUUGUUUUACCCGCCAGUUUUGUUUUCCUGGCACUGACAUUCACGCUGAUUGUUCCACCAUUUGGGGAGUAUCCAAGUGUGACUCUAAGUCCUUGGAUAUAUGGCCGACAGUACACUUUCUUCAGUAAUGAACGUCCUUUGGAUGCUCAGAUGAGAAAUUUGGGUGAAGUGUUGCUGGACAGGCCGGGCUUUGGGACACGCUGCAUGGCGGAUGAGCCGCUCGAAGAUUUCCCAUGUAACAACAUCACCACCGAGUGGGAGAUGCUCCCGGUUAACCCCUCAGCGAUCGAGAGGCUGGCUGACCCAGAGCGGAAAUCCGUCAGACCGUCUCCAGACUGCCAGUGCAGCACCGACAAGAAACUCACCAUGCUGCCCACAUGCCCUGAAGGCGCUGGAGGUCUUCCGCCCCCACAGAGAAUUCAGUCAACAGGAGAUGUUCUCUUGGAUCUAACCGGUAGGAACAUCUCAGACUACCUGGUGAAAACGUACCCCGGUCUCAUCAGGACUAGUUUAAAGAGCAAAUAUUGGGUGAACGAACAAAGAUAUGGAGGAAUAUCCGUCGGAGGGCAGCUUCCCGUUUUAGAGCUCCAGCCAAAGGACAUCCAGGAUUCAGCCGCUCAACUGGGACAAAUGCUCAAUAUUACUGGGGGUGACCACUGUAAACAAACUCUGAGGGAAAUAGGCACGUUCCUCAGGUACAUGGAGACGCGGGACAAUGUGAAGGUGUGGUACAACAACAAGGGCUGGCACGCCAUGGUGUCCUUCAUGAACGUGGCCAACAACGCUAUCCUGCGCGCAAACCUGCCAAAAGGAGCCAAACUGGAUCAAUAUGGAAUCACGGCCAUCAACCACCCUCUCAACCUCACCAAAGAGCAGCUAUCUGAAAUCACGGUCUUGAACACGUCGGUGGAUGCAGUGGUAGCCAUCUGUGUCAUCUUCGCCAUGUCUUUUGUUCCAGCUAGUUUUGUCCUCUAUCUCAUCCAGGAAAGGGUUACCCAGGCCAAACAUCUCCAGUUCGUCAGUGGUGUCAGCCCGCUCAUCUACUGGAUGGCCAACUUUCUCUGGGACAUGGUGAAUUACUCUGUCAGUGCUCUGAUGGUGGUGCAAAUUUUCAUCUUUUUUGAUAAGAAGUGCUACACCUCACCAAGCAAUCUGCAGCCACUCGUUGCACUACUUAUGUUAUAUGGCUGGUCUGUCACCCCCAUGAUGUACCCAAUGUCCUACAUGUUCAGCGUCCCCAGCACGGCCUAUGUGUCCUUGUCAUGUAUCAACCUCUUCAUAGGCAUCAACAGCAGUGCCAUCACCUUCAUCCUGGACCUUUUUGAAGGCACCACGGCUUUGUACAAGUUCAACCAGCUGUUGAAGAGCGUGCUGCUCAUCUUUCCUCAUUACUGCCUGGGCAGAGGCCUCAUAGACAUGGCCAUCAACCAGGCCGUGACUGAUAUCUUUACUCGUUUUGGUGAGGAUCAUAGCCCAGACCCCUAUGACUGGGACUUCAUUGGGAAGAACUUAGUCUGCAUGGCAGUUGAGGGAUUCGUCUAUUUCACCUUGAACAUUCUCUGUCAGUAUCGCUUCUUCCUUGAUCACUGGAUACCAGAUGGCCCAAAGCCUCCCAUUCAGGAUGAAGACUUGGAUGUGGCUGAGGAAAGGGAGAGAAUCUAUAAAAGCAGGCAAACGAAUGACAUUCUACACGUACGCAACCUUUCUAAGAUAUACACAGGAACCAUUACGCCCGCGGUGGAUCAGAUCUGUAUCGGCGUGUCACCAGGAGAGUGUUUUGGUCUCCUGGGGGUGAAUGGCGCCGGGAAGACCACCACAUUUAAGAUGUUGACUGGAGACAUUGAUGUCACCACAGGAGAUGCCUCAAUCGCUGGUCACAGCAUUUUGACCAACAUACUGGAUGUCCACCAGAACAUGGGAUACUGCCCACAGUUUGACGCCAUCGAUGAACUUCUCACAGGAAGGGAACACCUUCAUCUUUAUGCUCGCCUCCGCGGGGUACCAGAAGCUGAGAUCAGUAGGAUUGCUGAGUGGGCCAUUCAACAACUGGGCCUGUCCGAGUAUGCGGGCCAAAGUGCCGGAACCUACAGCGGAGGGAAUCGUAGGAAACUAUCCACAGCCAUCGCCAUGAUUGGUUGCCCUGCCCUGGUGUUGCUGGACGAGCCCACCACUGGGAUGGACCCACUCUCCAGACGCUUCCUCUGGAGCUCCAUCGUCAGUGUGAUCCGGGACAGACGAGCUGUUGUUCUCACCUCGCACAGCAUGGAGGAAUGCGAGGCCUUGUGCACACGUUUGGCCAUCAUGGUUAAUGGAUCUUUUAAAUGUCUAGGAACCAUUCAACAGCUCAAAUACAAAUUUGGCGAUGGAUAUGUGGUGACCAUGAAGAUCAGGGCCCCCAAGGGAGGCGGUGCACCGGAUCUGAACCCGGCCGAAGCCUUCAUGGAGAGCACCUUCCCUGGCUGCAUCCAGAGAGAAAAACACUACAACACCCUGCAGUACAAGAUCGCCUCCUCCUCCCUGGCAAGGAUCUUUCAGAUGGUCCUUGCUAACAAAGACAAGCUCAACAUCGAGGACUACUCGGUGUCACAGACAACUCUCGAUCAGGUGUUUGUGAAUUUUGCCAAGCAGCAGUCGAGAGAGGAUGAUGCAAUUGUGUUGCAUCCAAAAGCUGCUGGGGCCCAGCGAGGUGAUCAUGGCACCCCAAUUAAGAGAUUGAGGAAAUAAAUGUUCAUUGGUCUGUUAUUUUCUGCCAUAGUGAACGACCUUUGCUCUGGUGAUUUGAAAAAUGCCAAGUUUUUUCGGCAGAGUCUCAGGAUGUUGUCUUCUUUCGGGGUUGCAUUUCAACCGUUAUAGCUCACUUUUGCUGGGAUUGACUGAACUGUUAAUUUUGUAAACUUGGUCUUGCAAUUAAGUGCAGAGGGCAGCAUUGAUGUGCCUACGAUUAGACGCUCUUUUGCUCACCUUUAGGCCUUGCGAGCUAAAAAUAGCUCUAGAUUCAGGACAAUGACAUGGACUGAGUAAUGACAUGUCACUGAGUGGAAGCUUUUUCAAGGCUGCAUUGCUCCUGUGUAUACAGUACUGUUUAUCAACUUCCGAUGAUAUGCCUGUUUUCUAUUUUUAUUUUUGUUUUGCCUUCUUGGAAUAAGCACUCACAGAGUCAUAGGAAAUGUUUGCAUUUUAUUUAUGCAGCGUUAAUAGAUGUUUUUUCUCACGCAGAAACUAAGUGUGUCAAUAAUCUUGCUGCUAAUCAGUGCUUCUCAGCAUGAGGUAAUUACAUCAGGCUCUCAUGAUUCAAUUUCAGUUCUUUAUUUCAUUACAUAUUUUUUUGCGCUUUAUCAUUCGCGUGACAUUGGUAAGCAGUCACUAAGAGAAAGACUUAUGCAGCUUUUUGCAAAGAUGAAUAAAGAUAUUUUCCUCAAAA